AUGUCGCCGCCGCAGCCGCCACACCCGGUGCCCCGAGAGACGGUGGCCAGCGCCGUCGCCUCCCUCACCAAGUGGAUGAAGAAGCGCGCCGCAGAGGCGCGCCCGAACCUCCUCGCCGACGAGCGCGACGACCUCGUCGUCCUCCAGCUCUCGCUCCGCCGCGUCCCGGCCUCGCGCAGCACCAGGCCUCGCCUCCUCCCGCUGCCGCAUCCCGUCGUCGGGCACGACGUCUGCGUCAUCUCGGACGAUCGCCCCAAGUCGGGGUCCCCUUCCGCGUCCGACCUCCUCCACGCGUCCAAGCUCCCCGUCUCCGAGGUCAUCCCGCUAUCCACACUCCGCACGGACUACCGUCCCUACGAGUCGCGGCGCCGCCUCGCGGCCUCCCACGCCCUCUUCGUCGCCGACCGCGCCAUCCUCCCGCUGCUGCCGCGCGUCCUCGGGAAGGCCUUCUACUCCACCAACAAGGCUCCGAUUGGAGUCGAUUUCACCCGCGUUGGAUGGCCGGAGCAGGUCCGCAAGGUCCUUGGCUCUGCUUUUCUGUACCUGCGCUCCGGGACCUGCUCGGGGAUCAAGGUGGGUAGGCUGGACAUGGAGGAAGAGGAGAUCGUGGACAAUGUGAUGGCCGCGGUGGAGGCGGCUGUCGAGAAGGUGCCAAAGAUGUGGGCCAACGUUAGGGCGCUGCAUCUCAAGGCUGUGGAUUCAGUUGCCCUACCAAUUUACCAGGUUGUGCCAGAGUUGGGUAUGAAAAUUGUUGGAUCUGGGGAGGUUAGCACUGUGGCUUCUGCUGAUGACAGCCAGAAGGUUGGCAAGAAGGGAGACAAGGGCAAGCGUCGUUGGGAAAAUGAAAACAAGGUGAAAGAAGCCAGUUUGGACAAGAAGAAGAUUAAGAAGGGGAAGACUGAGGAGGGGAAGAAGAAGAAGAAGAGCAUGAAGGUUUCCUCUGAAGUUGUUUCUUUUGGUUUUGUUAGCUUAGUAGCCCUUUGA